AUGUGCUACAAUAAGGCUGGUUAUGAAGAAGCACUUGCUAAGCUGAAUGAGAUCAAUGUUGAAGUUGCACUAGAUUUUAAAGCUUACAACCCAGAAAACUUUUGCAGAGCAUUCCUUAGCACAGACAUCAAGACAGAUGCAAUAACAAGUAAUAUAGCUGAAACCUUCAAUGGCUAUAUUAUAAAUGCAAGAACCAAGCAUCUGCUGCACAUGCUUGAGGAAAUCAAAUCAAACCUGAUGCACAGAAUGAUUCAGAAAAAGCAACCGAUGGAGAAGUGUACAUCUGUUUUCUGCCCAAGGAUUCAGACAAAGCUGGAUCAUAAGAAGGAUAAAGCUGCCAUGUGUGAGGUGCUACCAUCAACAAUGAAACUAUUCAAUGUUACAUGUUUCACAUAUCAGGUUGUUGUGAAUCUAGAAACAAUGUCAUGUACUUGCAAAAAGUGGGAUAUGCUAGGCAUUCCCUACAAGCAUGCAAUUGCUUGCAUUUUCUUUCUGAACAGAGAAGCUGAAGAGUUUGUGCACCAGUGUUACACAAAAGAAAGCUACAUGACAGCUUAUGCAGGCUCAAUUCCUCCUUUGGUUGGGGAAAGGUACUGGCCCAAGGUGACAUACCAAUUGCAGCCACCAUCCAUCAAAAUUUGGCCAAGUAGACCUAGAAAGAAGAGGGUGAAGGACCCUUAUGAGAACCCAAAGAAGCCUGGGGUGUUGACCAAAAAUGGUGUGGAAAUGACCUGUUCAUUGUGUAAUGUGAAAGGUCACAACAAAAGUAAAUGUCCUAAAAAGGGCAAAAUUGUCCCACCUGAACCUACAGCUAAAAGGCCUAGGGGAAGACCAAGCUUGGGAAAGGAGGCAGAGCUAUAA